AUGUCACGAAGAGUAAAUAAUGAUCGACAAGAAAAUGAAGUGUUAGCACUCUCCAAUAUCUACAGUUCUAAAGAAUUUUCUUAUAUCAAACGUACAACAAUACAGUGUUAUUAUAACAUCUUUCCUGAAGUUCGAGAUGGCUUACUAAAGCUUCAAAAUGUCAAUGAAAAUAACGAAACCAAUUGUUCCACUUCUAAAUGUCUCAUUAAAUAUAUACCUCCAAUAAGAAUGUACAUAGAACUUCCAGAUGAAUAUCCUUUUACAAAUCCACCCAAAUAUUCUAUUACAGUAUCAUGGCUCUCUCCUUGGAGAAUAUCUUUUAUAUGCCAAAAAUUAGAUGAAAUGUGGCUAAUUAACAAAGAACAAGAAAUUUUAUAUCAAUGGUUUGAGUUUUUAAGAAACGAUCUUCUUGAUUUUCUUCAAAUUCAAAACAUAUUAGACAUUUCACAAUGUCAAAUUGUAUUUGAACAAAAUUAUUAUACGUGCAUAAUAUGUUUUGAACUACAUUCUGGAAAAACAUGCAUAAAACUUGAAAAUUGUGGUCAUAUUUAUUGUGGACAAUGUAUGCAGACAUUCAUUACUCUAAAACUGAAUGAAAAUGCUAUAAAUGAUAUGAUAUGCCCUGUUUUAAAUUGCAAUUGUGUUAUUACAUACAAUGAAAUCAAGAGUUUAUGUUCAGUUAUAAAAUAUACUGAUGACACAUUCGCUAUAUGUUAUAAAUGUGAUUAUACUUUUUGUAGUUAUUGUUAUAAGGGUUAUCAUGGAGCUACACCAUGUGACAUGACAUCACAUAGUAUGAAACAGUUAAUUAACAAAUAUGAAAGUAGUAAUAAAUUUCAAAGACAAUUCUUAGCAAAGAAGUAUGGUAGGAAACAGAUACAGAUAGUUGUAGAGAAACAUUUAACAGAGGAGUAUUUAAAAAGAAAUGCUAAACCUUGUCCAAAUUGUAACACUAUGAUUGAAAAAAUGGAUGGGUGUAAUAAACUGACAUGCAUUCACUGCAAAGCUUAUAUCUGCUGGUUGUGUGGAGUACUGAUCACUACAAGAAAUGCAUAUGAUCACUUUUCAUCAUUAGAGAGUGGAUGUUAUAAACGCUUAUUUGACUAA